AUGCUGUGCAAACAUUUAUCGAUAUUGUCAUCAUUUGGCACUGUGAUUAUCAUUAUUGACAAAUCAUCGUCGUCAUCAUCAUCGGUGACAACAACAUCCCGACGCUGCCUACAUAAUGGUGCUGCUGAUAAGGCAGAAGAUGAGGAAGAAGUGGAUUUUUUGACACCGACCGCUGCUGCUUUUGAUUCAUCCUCGGAGAUGGUGCUGCUGGGCGAUGGUACUACCACACGUGGCGGCGCACCAUCGAGCAGUAACAAUCAUAGUGUUGCGGAUGGCUUCUUUCGAGCGAUAGAACACGAAAAAUCUGAAACAACGCAAUGUACCUCCUUCUCAACAUCACCUGGAACACCGGAAGCGCAAGUAUCAGCAUCGGCUGAGUUAUUAAAAAAGUCCAAAAAGGAAGUACUAACGGCAGACGACAGCGGUCGUUUGCAACGCAGUUUUACCGUAUCACUGGUUUCCGGCUCCGAUUCCAUUGCUCUACAGAAUCCCAGUUUUCCGGAGAGUUAUUUACGCUGUAUUCCACUUCCUACAGUUGCAACCGAUCUUCCACUGAAUUCCCGAAAUUCCGAUUUUCCGGUGAACUAUUGCAAUUCAACUAUUACAGCAAUAUCUACCAAAAGUGGUACUAGCAACGAAGACCGACAACCACCCGCAACUCCGUCCUGUCCCGGGAAAGAUCCCGGAAGAGCGAGCAGCCGUAACAGUUUACCGGAAUUUUCCUGCAGCAACAACAGUCGUCCAUUUGGGCCACCACCAUCAUCAUCAUCAUCCCCGUCACCAUCAUCGUCAUCAGCAUUGUCGGAUGAAGCGGUAGCUUCGGCCACGGAUUUUUUGGAUUCACCGUUGAAGCGUCUGGAACGUUGUGUUCGCGCAAAAAACGGCGUGAUGGGAUCGUUUCUUGGACGUUAUGCAAGCGCCAGUAGCAGCAGCAGCAGUAGGACGAGGGGCAUCCAGAACAGUGGGGCAAGCAUCCCCGGACUCAACUUACAGAGGCCUGGCACGAGCAGCAACAACAACAACAACAAUCAUUCGAUGAAACUACGCUUCGGCAGCGAUUUAAACAAAACUUCGGCAGCUGAUGCACUCGGUGAAUUAUCGCAGUUGGUACAUCGAAUUGGUUCCUCAAAGUUACCGGUUCCAGCGACGCCCACGAAAUGUGUGCAGAGCAAUUUUAGUAGCAAUGUUUUUACGUGCCUGAAAUGUGCUCAUCAAUUCGACACGUUGGAUCAGCUGGUACUGCACAUCAGCACAACCAAACAUUUCUCGCUGGGCCCAUCCAGAAGCACCAACAGCGGCAACAGCAUGUACGGCCGGUUUUUCUGA